AAACGUGGGUACUAGCAACUUUAUGGAAUGACUGUGAAGUUGCUUCCCAGUUUCCACUGUGCCCAAACUAGGUAGCAAUGUAGACAGGAUCUGGCUAGCCAGACUUGUGCGUGACUGCAUCUUGCCAGGCAUCAUGAAGCAUGCCAAGAUUACGUGCAAUUCCAGCUCAUGAUGACCCAAUUGAUUCAUUCUUGCCGCCAAAAUUGUGUAUGUGAGUGCAUCUCUGUGACUUAUCUAGCUAGCUAUAUGACCCGCAUCAUGAAGCAUGUCUAGUCAUGCAUGAUUAUCUGGAAAAGCAUAUCCUGCAGCUAGUUUCUCUCUAGGUCCAAUAAAAUGACUUUCGGUGAGCUCAUUGCUUUAAUUGCCGUCUGGUUAUAUUAUAUUGUGCUCGAGUAGUUCACAUACAUAUCAACAAGUGCAUUUCCAGUGGAAGCAUUCUCUUUCAAACUAGCCCUCUCAUCCUUUCCAAUUCAGCCUCUGCGGUCUGUUUGAUUUGCUCACCUCUUGCAAUGGAGGAAGCUAUAGUUCUCUACCCGUCUCCCCAAAUCGGCCACCUGAUAUCCAUGGUGGAACUGGGCAAGCUUAUACUUAACCAUCAACCUUCACUCAGAAUCCACAUCCUUAACCCUCCUCCACCCUACGGCGUUGACUCCACUGCUCCAUAUAUAUCUGCCGCCUCCGGCACCAUCCCUUCUAUCACCUUCCACCAGCUCCCUACCAUCACCCUCUCCACCUCCUCGUCUCGCCACCAUGAGUCCUUCAUAAUGGACUUCUUCAACACCCCUGCAUUUGAUGUAGCUUUUACUCUUAAUAUCCCUGCUUACUACUUCUUCACCUCCGGUGCUGGAGCUCUUGCUUUACUUCUCUAUAUUCCCACCAUCCAUAAGAACACUACCAAAAGCUUCAAAGAUCUUGACGCUAUUCUUGAUUUCCCUGCUUACCGAAGUCUGCAGGAUCAUAGUGAACACCUUCGAAGAGCUAGAGCAAGACCUCUGAAAGCCACGAGGGAUGGACAGUGUGUGCCGGACGGCCCCACAGCUCCCAUUCAUUGCGUUGGACAGUUGAUUGCUACAAGUGAUCGCGGCGGCGGCUCUACUAGUGACAGUAUUUCUCAGUGCUUAACGUGGCUUAACUCGCAACCGAGUAAAAGCGUUGUGUUCCUUUGUUUUGGCAGCUUAGGAUUGUUCUCUGUGGGACAAUUGAAGGAAAUAGCUGUAGGAUUGGAGAAGAGCGGGCAGAGGUUUUUGUGGGUGGUGAGGAACCCACCUACGGAGAACCCAAGCGUGGACAUCAAGGCACCAUCCGACCCGGAUUUGAAUUCAUUACUCCCAGAAAGGUUCUUGGAAAGGACUAAACAAAAAGGACUGGUGGUGAAAUCAUGGGCACCGCAGGUAGAAGUACUGAAUCACGACUCAGUUGGUGGCUUCGUGACUCAUUGUGGGUGGAACUCGAUUCUAGAAGCGGUGUGUGCGGGAGUUCCGAUGGUAGCAUGGCCUCUGUAUGCGGAACAGAGGUUGAACAGGGUGUUGCUUGUGGAGGAAAUAAAGAUAGCUUUGCCGAUUGUGGAGUCAGAGAAUGGGUUUGUGAACUUGGCUGAGGUGGAGAAGCGAGUUAGGGAGUUGAUGGAAUUUGAGGAAGGUAAGUCUAUCAGAGAGCGAACUGUGGUCAUGAAACAUGCCGCCAAGGCUGCUUUGAGUGAAGGAGCUUCAUCUCAUGUUGCAUUAAACAGACUCAUUAGGUCAUGGAAGCAAAAAUAAUUAAACUAUGCCAUUAUCAUUCUUCCCAAAAGGAACAAACUGGAAUGAUGGUAUUGCUAUGGAAGCCUCUGGAAUAGCUCCUUUGAAUUAAGAGGAAUCAAAGAUGGAGUACAUGGGAAGAACUUAAUGUGCCCCAUGUAUAUUUAAUAAUAUGGCAGAUUUUUU